AAAUUACAUACGGUCAUGAAGGAUCUAUUCAACUGGAUAGCCCUGGAGCUGAUCCUCCUGAUGGGCAGUGCCAUAGCCUUUCCGGAUGGAGCACCCGCGGAUACGUGUGUGAAACAAAGGGCUAAUCAGCCGAAUCAUGGCAAGGCCAGGAGUCAGCCGGCCCACUCGAAUCCCUACGAAGUGGUGGCCGAUGCCCAGACCUAUCACCCCGGCCAGCAGUUAUCGGUGGUUAUAUAUCCGCACUCCGGUCAGAGCACCGUCUUCCGGGGAUUCUUCCUGCAGGCACGGGACUCCCAUUCGAACGAGUGGAUCGGGGAGUGGGUGCAGAGCGAGAACACCAAGACCAUUCCCGAGUGCUCGGCCAUCACGCACUCGGACAAUCGGGAUAAACUAGGAGCCAAGCUGAUUUGGAAGGCCCCGCAGAAUAAGCGGGGACAGGUCUACUUCACGGGCACUGUGCUACAGGAGUACGGAACCUUUUGGAGCGACAUCCUUAACAAAGUGCAGGCGGAGCCGCAAUAA